AUGAGCUGCAAUGGGGGCUCCCACCCGCGGAUCAACACGCUGGGCCGCAUGACGCGCGCCGAGUCCGGCCCGGACCUGCGCUACGAGAUGACUUGUGGCGGCGGCGGCGGCGGUGGCAGCGGCAGUGGCGCCAACGGCAGGAUGUACUACACGCGCCGCUGUACGGUCACCGAGAUGAACUCGGACGGCUACGGCCAAACUGGUACAAUGUCCAGGCACCAGAACCAGAACACCAUCCAAGAACUUCUACAGAACUGCUCAGAUUGCUUGAUGCGGGCCGAGCUGAUCGUACAGCCUGAACUAAAAUAUGGAGAUGGAAUACAGCUUGCUCGGGGUAGAGAGCUGGAUGAGUGCUUUGCCCAGGCCAAUGACCAGAUGGAAAUCACCGAUAGCUUGAUCAGAGAAAUGCGGCAAAUGGGCCAGCCCUGUGAUGCUUAUCAGAAAAGACUACUUCAGCUUCAGGAGCAAAUGCGUGCUCUUUACAAAGCCAUCAGUGUCCCUCGAGUCCGAAGAGCCAGCUCCAAGGGUGGUGGAGGAUACACUUGUCAGAGCGGCUCAGGGUGGGAUGAAUUCACCAAGCGCCUCACCAGCGAAUGUCUGGGGUGGAUGAGACAGCAAAGGACCGACAUGGACUUGGUGACCUGGGGCGUGGACCUGGCUUCUGUGGAGCAGCACAUCAACAGCCACAGGGGCAUUCAUAAUGCCAUCGGGGACUAUCGCUGGCAGCUGGACAAAAUCAAAGCUGACCUGCGUGAGAAAUCUGCCAUCUACCAGUUGGAGGAGGAGUAUGAAAAUCUGCUGAAAGCAUCCUUUGAGAGGAUGGAUCACCUGCGGCAGCUGCAGAGCAUCAUCCAGGCCACAUCCCGGGAGAUCAUGUGGAUCAAUGACUGUGAGGAGGAGGAGCUGCUUUAUGACUGGAGUGACAAGAACACCAACAUCGCUCAGAAGCAAGAGGCCUUCUCUAUACGGAUGAGUCAACUGGAAGUUAAGGAAAAAGAGCUCAAUAAGCUUAAACAAGAAAGUGACCAACUUGUUCUCAAUCAGCAUCCAGCUUCAGACAAAAUUGAAGCGUAUAUGGAUACUCUUCAGACCCAAUGGAGUUGGAUUCUGCAGAUCACCAAAUGUAUUGAUGUUCACCUCAAAGAAAAUGCUGCCUACUUUCAGUUUUUUGAAGAGGCCCAGUCAACCGAGGCCUACCUGAAGGGCCUGCAGGACUCCAUUAGGAAGAAGUACCCCUGUGAUAAGAAUAUGCCUCUGCAGCGUCUGCUGGACCAGAUAAAGGAGCUGGAGAAAGAGCGGGAGAAAAUCCUUGAAUACAAGCGUCAGGUGCAGAGCUUGGUAAACAAGUCCAAGAAGAUUGUCCAGCUGAAACCACGAAACCCAGACUACAGAAGCAAUAAGCCCAUUAUUCUCAGGGCUCUUUGUGACUACAAACAAGACCAGAAAAUUGUGCACAAAGGGGAUGAGUGCAUACUGAAGGACAACACUGAGCGCAGCAAGUGGUAUGUAACGGGCCCAGGAGGCGUUGACAUGCUGGUUCCUUCUGUGGGUCUGAUUAUUCCACCUCCAAACCCACUGGCCAUUGACCUUUCUUGCAAGAUUGAGCAGUAUUAUGAAGCCAUCUUGGCUCUAUGGAACCAGCUCUACAUCAACAUGAAGAGUCUGGUGUCCUGGCAUUACUGCAUGAUUGACAUUGAGAAAAUUAGGGCCAUGACCAUCGCCAAGCUGAAAACAAUGCGCCAAGAAGAUUACAUGAAGACAAUCUCUGAUCUUGAGUUACAUUAUCAAGAGUUCAUUAGAAAUAGCCAAGGCUCGGAGAUGUUUGGAGAUGAUGACAAACGGAAAAUGCAGUCUCAGUUCACUGAUGCGCAGAAGCACUACCAGACCCUGGUCAUACAGCUGCCUGGCCACCCCCAGCACCAGACAGUAACAACAACUGAAAUCACUCACCUUGGUUCCUGCCAAGAUGUCAACCAUAAUAAAGUGAUUGAAACCAACAGAGAGAAUGACAAGCAGGAGACGUGGAUACUGAUGGAGCUCCAGAAGCUCCGUAGGCAGAUGGAGCACUGUGAGGGCCGAAUGACCCUGAAAAACAUCCUUCUUGCUGACCAAGGCUCUUCACACCACAUCACAGUGAAAAUAAACGAGCUAAAGAGUGUGCAGAAUGAUUCACAAGCAAUUGCUGAAGUUCUCAACCAGCUUAAGGAUAUGCUAGCUAACUUCAGAGGCUCUGAAAAAUACUGCUAUUUACAGAAUGAGGUAUUUGGACUGUUUCAGAAACUGGAAAAUAUCAAUGGUGUUACAGAUGGCUACUUAAAUAGCUUAUGCACCGUGAGAGCACUCCUCCAAGCUCUCCUCCAGACAGAAGACAUGCUAAAGGUUUACGAGGCCAGACUCACAGAAGAGGAAACAGUCUGCCUGGAUCUGGAUAAAGUAGAAGCCUACCGCUGUGGACUCAAGUGCAUUCACAAUUUUAUCAUUUUCGCCAGAUUAUGGGACCUGGAGAAACAAAUCAAGCAACUGAGGAAUUAUCGUGAUAAUUAUCAGGCUUUCUGCAAGUGGCUCUAUGAUGCCAAACGUCGCCAGGAUUCCUUAGAAUCCAUGAAAUUUGGUGAUUCUAACACAGUCAUGAGAUUUUUGAAUGAGCAGAAGAACUUGCACAAUGAAAUAUGUGGCAAACGAGACAAAUCAGAGGAGGUACAAAAAAUUGCUGAACUUUGUGCAAAUUCAAUUAAGGAUUAUGAACUCCAGCUUGCAUCGUAUACCUCAGGAUUGGAAACUCUACUGAACAUACCUAUCAAGAGAACUAUGGUUCAAUCCCCUUCAGGGGUGAUUAUGCAAGAGGCUGCAGACAUUCAUGCUCGAUAUAUAGAACUACUUACAAGGUCUGGAGAUUAUUACAGAUUCUUAAGUGAGAUGUUGAAGAGUUUGGAAGAUCUGAAGUUGAAAAAUACCAAGAUUGAAGUUUUGGAGGAAGAGCUCAGACUGGCCCGAGAUACCAACUCUGAAAACUGCAACAAGAACAAAUUCCUGGAUCAGAACCUGCAGAAAUACCAGGCAGAGUGUUCCCAGUAUAAAGCAAAGCUUGUGAGCCUGGAGGAGCUGAAGAGGCAAGCUGAGCUGGACGGAAAGUCAGCGAAGCAGAAUCUUGACAAGUGCUAUGGCCAAAUCAAAGAACUCAAUGAGAAAAUCACCAGACUCACUUAUGAGAUUGAAGAUGAAAAGAGGAGAAGAAAGACUGUGGAGGAUAGAUUUGACCAACAGAAGAAUGACUAUGACCAACUGCAGAAAGCAAGGCAAUGUGAAAAGGAGAACCUUGGAUGGCAAAAACUGGAGUCUGAGAAAGCCAUCAAGGAGAAGGAGUACGAGAUAGAGAGGUUGAGGGUUCUUCUUCAGGAGGAGAGCAACCGGAAGAGAGAAUAUGAGAAUGAGCUGGCAAAGGUAAGAAACCACUAUAAUGAGGAGAUGAGUAAUUUAAGGAACAAGUAUGAAACAGAGAUUAACAUUACGAAGACCACCAUCAAGGAGAUAACUAUGCAAAAAGAAGAUGAUUCCAAAAACCUUAGAAACCAGCUUGAUAGACUCUCAAGGGAAAAUCGGGACCUGAAGGAUGAGAUCGUCAGACUGAACGACAGCAUCCUGCAGACCACGGAUCAGUGCCGGCGGGCGGAAGAGAACGCCCUCCAGCAAAAGACCUGUGGCUCGGAGAUGAUGCAGAAGAAACAACAGCUAGAGACAGAGCUCAAGCAGGUCAUCCAGCAGCGCUCUGAGGACAAUGCCAGGCACAAACAGUCCCUGGAGGAGGCUGCCAAGACCAUCCAGGACAAAAACAAGGAGAUUGAGAGACUCAAAGCUGAGUUUCAGGAGGAGGCUAAGCGCCGCUGGGAAUAUGAAAAUGAACUGGCUAAGGUAAGAAACAGUUACGAUGAGGAGAUAAUUAGCUUGAAAAAUCAAUUUGAGACUGAGAUCAACAUCACUAAGACUACCAUCCACCAGCUUACCAUGCAAAAAGAAGAAGACACCAGUGGCUACCGAGCCCAAAUUGACAAUCUCACCAGAGAAAACAGGAGCUUAUCUGAGGAAAUAAAGAGGCUCAAGAACACACUAGCCCAGACUACAGAGAACCUUAGGAGGGUUGAAGAAAAUAUGCAACAGCAGAAGGCCACUGGCUCAGAGAUGUCGCAGAGGAAACAGCAGCUGGAGAUCGAGCUGCGGCAGGUCACUCAGAUACGAAGUGAAGAGAGCCUGAGAUACAAGCAGUCUCUCGAUGAUGCUGCCAAAACCAUCCAGGAUAAAAACAAGGAGAUAGAAAGAUUAAAGCAGCUGAUAGAAACAGAAACAAAUGAACGGAAAUGCCUGGAAGACGAAAACGCCAAACUGCAAAGGGUCCAGUAUGAUCUGCAGAAAGCCAACAAUAGUGCGACGGAGACAAUCAGCAAACUGAAAAUUCAGGAGCAAGAGCUCACACGCCUGAGAAUUGACUAUGAGAGGGUUUCACAGGAGAGGACCGUGAAGGAUCAGGAUAUUUUGAGAUUCCAGAGCUCACUGAAAGACUUGCAGCUGCAGAAGCAGAGAGUGGAAGAAGAGCUGAAUCGGCUGAAGAGGACAGCCUCAGAAGACUCUGCCAAGAGGAAGAAGCUGGAGGAUGAGCUGGAAGGCAUGAGGAGGUCUUUGAAAGAGCAAGUGAUAAAAGUCACCAGCCUGACCCAGCAGCUGGAGCAGGCAUCAAUAGUGAAAAAGAGGAGUGAGGAUGAGCUGCGUCAGCAGAGGGACGUGCUGGAAGGCCACGUGAGGGAUAAGCAGAAGACACAGGAGGAGCUCAGGAGGCUGUCUUCAGAGCUUGAAGUCCUGAGGCGGCAGCUGCUCCAGGAACAAGAAAAUGUCAAACAAUCUCACUUGAGGAAUGAGCACUUCCAGAAGCUGAUAGAAGAUAAAAGCAGGAGCUUCAAUGAGAGCAAAAUAGAAAUCGAGAGGCUGCAGUCUCUCACGGAGAAUCUGACCAAGGAGCACCUGAUGCUAGAGGAGGAGCUGCGGAACCUGAGGCUGGAGUACGAUGACCUGAGGAGGGGCUGCUGUGAAGCCGACAGUGACAAAAACGCAACCAUUUCUGAACUAAGGAGCCAGCUGCAAAUCAGCAACAACCGAACCCUGGAACUGCAGGGGCUGAUUAACGAUUUACAGAGAGAGAGGGAAAAUUUGAGACAGGAAAUUGAGAAAUUCCAAAAGCAGGCAUUAGAGGCAUCUAAUAGGAUUCAGGAAUCAAAAAGUCAGUGCACUCAGGUGGUGCAGGAAAGAGAAAGCCUCCUGGUGAAAAUCAAAGUCCUAGAACAAGACAAGGCAAGGCUACAAAGGCUGGAGGAUGAGCUGACACGUGCGAAAGCAACGCUGGACGCGGAAAGCAGGCUGAAGCAGCGCCUUGAGUGUGAGAAGCAGCAGAUCCAGAAUGACCUAAAUCAGUGGAAAACUCAAUACUCCCGCAAGGAGGAGGCCAUUCGGAAGAUUGAGUCAGAAAGAGAAAAGAGUGAGAGAGAGAAGAACAGCCUGAGGAGCGAGAUUGAGAGACUCCAGGCAGAGAUCAAAAGGAUUGAAGAGAGGUGCAGGCGCAAGCUGGAGGACUCCUCCAGGGAAACGCAGUCUCAGCUGGAGUCAGAACGUUCCCGGCUUCAGAAAGAAAUCGACAAGCUCAGACAGCGUCCCUACGGGUCCCAUCGAGAGACCCAAACGGAGUGUGAGUGGUCAGUUGACACCUCGAAGCUGGUGUUUGAUGGCCUGAGGAAAAAGGUGACAGCGAUGCAGCUCUACGAGUGCCAACUGAUUGACAAGACAACCUUGGACAAGCUGCUGAAGGGGAAGAAGUCGGUGGAAGAAGUUGCUUCUGAAAUCCAGCCUUUCCUUCGGGGUGCAGGUGCUAUUGCUGGAGCUUCUGCUUCUCCUAAGGAGAAGUACUCUUUGGUAGAGGCCAAGAGAAAGAAGUUAAUCACCCCAGAGUCCACAGUCAUGCUUCUGGAGGCCCAGGCAGCCACUGGUGGGAUCAUUGAUCCCCACAGGAAUGAGAAGCUGACUGUUGACACUGCCAUUGCCCGGGACCUCAUCGACUUUGAUGACCGUCAGCAGAUAUACACAGCAGAGAAAGCUGUCGUAGGCUUUGAUGAUCCAUUUUCAGGCAAGACAGUAUCUGUUUCUGAAGCUAUCAAGAAAAAUCUGAUUGAUAGAGAAACCGGAAUGCGCCUGUUGGAAGCCCAGAUUGCAUCUGGGGGUGUUGUGGAUCCUGUUAACAGUGUCUUUUUGCCAAAAGAUGUUGCCUUGGCCCGUGGACUGAUUGACAGAGAUUUGUAUCGGUCACUGAAUGAUCCCCGAGAUAGUCAGAAAAACUUUGUGGACCCGAUCACCAAAAAGAAGGUUAGUUACAUGCAGCUGAGGGAACGGUGUAGAAUUGAACCACACACGGGUCUGCUUUUGCUGUCGGUUCAGAAGAGAAGCAUGUCUUUCCAAGGAAUUAGACAACCUGUGACGGUCACCGAACUAGUUGAUUCAGGCAUAUUGAGACCAUCCACUGUAAAUGAACUUGAAUCAGGGCAGAUUUCUUACGAUGAGGUUGGUGAGAGAAUCAAGGACUUCCUGCAGGGUUCAAGCUGCAUAGCAGGCAUAUACAAUGAAACCACAAAACAGAAGCUUGGGAUCUAUGAGGCCAUGAAAAUAGGCUUGGUGCGACCAGGUACUGCUCUAGAGUUACUUGAAGCCCAAGCAGCUACUGGCUUUAUCGUGGAUCCUGUUAGCAAUUUGAGGUUACCGGUAGAAGAAGCCUACAAAAGAGGUCUGGUAGGCAUUGAGUUUAAAGAGAAGCUCUUGUCUGCGGAACGAGCUGUCACUGGAUAUAAUGACCCUGAAACAGGAAACAUUAUCUCUUUGUUUCAAGCCAUGAACAAGGAGCUCAUUGAAAAGGGCCAUGGCAUCCGUUUAUUGGAAGCUCAGAUUGCAACCGGGGGCAUUAUUGACCCAAAGGAGAGCCAUCGUUUACCAGUUGACAUAGCUUACAAGAGGGGAUAUUUCAAUGAAGAGCUCAGUGAGAUUCUCUCCGAUCCAAGUGAUGAUACAAAGGGAUUUUUUGAUCCUAACACUGAAGAAAACCUUACCUAUCUGCAGCUAAAGGAAAGAUGCAUUAAGGAUGAAGAAACAGGGCUCUGUCUUCUGCCCUUGAAAGAAAAGAAGAAACAGGUGCAGACAUCCCAAAAGAAUACCCUCAGGAAGCGUAGAGUGGUCAUAGUUGACCCAGAAACCAAUAAGGAGAUGUCUGUUCAGGAGGCCUAUAAGAAAGGCCUGAUUGAUUAUGAAACUUUCAAAGAACUGUGUGAGCAGGAAUGUGAGUGGGAAGAAAUAACCAUCACUGGAUCAGAUGGCUCUACCAGAGUGGUUCUUGUAGAUAGGAAAACAGGUAGUCAGUACGAUAUUCAGGAUGCCAUUGAUAAGGGCCUUGUUGAUAGAAAGUUCUUUGAUCAGUACCGAUCUGGCAGCCUCAGCCUCACUCAGUUUGCUGAUAUGAUCUCCUUGAAAAAUGGUGCAGGCAACAGCAGUGGCUUGAGUGGUAGUGUCAGUGAUGAUGUUUUCAGCAGCUCUCGGCAUGAUUCCGUAAGUAAGAUUUCAACCAUUUCCAGCGUCAGGAAUAUAACCAUUAGGAGCAGCUCUCUGUCCGACCCCCUAGAAGAAUCAAGCCCCAUUGCAGCCAUCUUUGACACAGAAAACCUGGAGAAGAUUUCCAUUUCUGAAGGUAUAGAGCGAGGCAUUGUGGAUAGCAUCACAGGCCAGAGGCUUCUGGAAGCUCAAGCCUGCACAGGUGGCAUCAUCCACCCUACCACUGGUCAGAAGCUGUCACUCCAGGAUGCUGUCUCCCAGGGUCUGAUUGACCAGGAUAUGGCCACCAGGCUAAAGCCUGCUCAGAAAGCCUUCAUUGGUUUUGAAGGGGUGAAGGGAAAGAAGAAGAUGUCAGCAGCAGAGGCCGUGAAAGAAAAAUGGCUCCCCUAUGAGGCAGGACAGCGCUUCCUGGAGUUCCAGUACCUCACGGGAGGCCUUGUUGACCCAGAAGUACAUGGGAGGAUAAGCACUGAGGAAGCCAUUAGAAAAGGCUUCAUCGAUGGCCGAGCAGCUCAGAGGCUGCAAGACACCAGCAGCUAUGCCAAAAUCCUGACCUGCCCCAAAACCAAAUUGAAAAUAUCCUACAAGGAUGCCAUGAAUCGCUCCAUGGUAGAAGAUAUCACUGGGUUACGCCUUUUGGAAGCAGCCUCGGUUUCCUCCAAGGGCUUGCCUAGCCCUUAUAACAUGUCUUCUGCUCCAGGCUCUCGCUCCGGCUCUCGUUCUGGUUCUCGGUCUGGCUCUCGCUCUGGUUCCCGCAGUGGGUCCCGGAGGGGCAGUUUUGAUGCAACAGGGAAUUCUUCCUACUCUUACUCUUACACCUUUAGCAGUAGCUCUAUUGGGCAUUAG